CCUUGCUAAAACUGAUUGUACGCAAUGGUUGCGUGGUUAUGGUAAUGGCUCUGCGUGCAACUAUCCUAGCAACAUAUGUCAGUCUGAAGACGAUUAUUGGAAUUGGACCUCCGAGUAUAAAAGCUCUUUGAUGCAAUACGCAUCAGCACAAAUGGACGCUUAUGAAGCCGG